AUGGAAGCACAGCAGAACCCCCCGUUCCGGGUUGUCAUUGCCGGAGCCGGCCUCGUGGGCUUGACAGCAGCACACAUACUUACCAAGGCCGGUAUCGACUUUGUCAUUCUUGAAAAGCACAAGACCGUCGUUCCAGCAGUCGGCUCUGUGAUGACCAUUUGGCCCCAGACCUUUCGGAUAUUCGAGCAGCUCGGCUUGAAUGACAUCCUCAAUCCGCUUCUAGAGACUCUAAACACCAACACCGUCAUCUCCGCUGAUGAUGCCAGCGAGCUUGACGUGUCAAGGUUCCCAGACCUCAUUGAGAGGAACCAUGGCUGGGCAGUCCGCGUGCUAGUCCGCACGAAGUUCAUCGAAGCACUAUAUGACAGCCUACCCCAGGAAGCCAAAGCAAAGGUUCUCCUCGGCAGACAUGUCGAGGACGUCGAGAUGGACGACACCGGCGUGAAGAUCACCUGUCGUGGUGGCUUCGUCGAGCGCGGUGAUAUGCUCAUCGGGGCUGACGGUGUCCGCAGCCAGACUCGGCUCCAUAUGGAGUCCCUGCGCCAGAACAAGGCACCAAGUGACCUUGCCGACAAGUAUCAGAAGCCGUAUCUUUCGACUUACCGCGUGCUUGUUGCACAAGUGGACACCCUUCCGGAUGUCCCAACAAACAUCAAAUAUGACGGUGUGCGGUAUGGGGUGACGACACAGUUCAUCUAUGGGAAACAAGUCUCGUGCAUGGCGGUGUAUGAGAAGUUGGAGACGCCCACGUCAGACCAUCACAGAUACACGGACCAGGACAAGACGGACAUGCUCCGGCGCUGGGGCCAUCUCAUGGUUCUUCCAGGCUACUCAGUGCGCGACCUCCACGAGAAAAGCAAGACCAACAUCGGGCUCUACGACUGCGAAGAGGGUCUGGUUGAGCGGUGGCACCACGGUCGUAUUGUGCUGGUGGGCGAUGCAGUGCGCAAGCUAGAUCCUCACACGGGCCAAGGCUACAACGAAGGCGUGACUGACCUUGUGGUUCUGCUCAACAACGUGCGGAAGAUGCUCCUCGCGUCUUCGCAGGGCGUGGAAAGUGCCCCCAGCACGGCUAGACUCGAGGCUGUGUUUGCGAAAUACGAGGCGGACCGGAUGAAGCAGAUGGGUGCGGUGCUGGAGAUUUCAAAGGCGUUUGCAAGGAUGGCAGCAUGGCUGUCGUGGAAGGACAUGGUCAUGGCCAAGUAUGUGCAGCCAUAUCUGCCUCUGAACUACCUCAGCAUGACAUAUAUCCUCGGCCCCAUGAUUGCUGGGUCUCCAGUACUGGAAUGGUUAGAAGAGCGGUGGUUGCCACCUGGAAAGAUGGCAUGGAGGCACCACCCCAAGCUGGUGGAGCCACCACCGGGAAAGGAGCCAAGCAAGGGAGCAACGUCGGCGAUGUAG